AUGCUUACAAUAUUCAUAUUUCAGAGUAACUACCCCAUGUCCCGCGACAUUGAUGGCGCUGACAAGCUCCCAACGGAGGGUGUUUUCUCGAGCAACUCCGUGACUCUAAGCCUUGCCUAUAUCACGUUUGAUAAGAUACAGUCACUUCGUAGGAAACAUGUAUACACGCCAUCCUAUAAAAUAGUUAAUACACCCGUACUUCGUGUCAGACAGAAAAGGCUGGAUUCUCUUGUACCCCAAAACCUCGCCGAAGACCCAUACAUCGUGACCAUACUGAUUGCUUUAGCCCAGGAGCAACGGCGGCGACAGCAGGAGCAGCAGCAAGGAUCGCCAGGACAAGGUGCCAAAGUCAUAACAAAAUAUCAGGCUAGUCACAUGGAUGCAGAUACCACAUUAAGUGUUGCAAAAUCGAGUACGGCUCGCUCGUCCUGUCCAAGUACAGAGCAAAUGAAUCGGAGUACAGCAAAUUCUUUCAAGGUCCAGGUCCUAGCCGUUCCUGGAAUAGCGGCCGAUGCCUUUUACGUCUACACCGCCGACAUCCCCUCUGGUUUUCUCAACAAGUUUGAUGAGCCGUCGCACUACUCGCCAAGCCCCCCGGUUGCAAUAACAUAUUGUCGUGUCCCUCUGGCAAGCUCAAAUAUGUUACGGAAGUUACACCGGCUGCUCUGCGCUACCUCGUGCAGCUUUUGUUGUAGUAACAAGGAACAAGAUUUUCGUGCCGCAUGCUGA